CUCGCGUUUGGCAGCUACGCCACUUACAGAUUGCGCCGAGCCGUGUGAUUGCAGGGAGUCGUAAAGCGAACCCCACGCUCCGAGGUGCAUCGCUUUUUUGCAUCUUAGUGCAUCGAUUUGAUUGCUGCAGCAACUCUGCCACCUUGUUGCUGCAACUCUACGCGGAGCAUCGAUCUGCAUUCUGCUCGCUGCAAUCGCACAGAUAAUCGUCCUAGCUGCUGUACACCAACGAUGGAUGCAAUGCCGCACACCAGCGCCAUGUGGGCGGCCGCCGACGCCAGCGUGCGCGCGUCGGCGAAGCAUCCGUUUCUGCUAGCGAUGCUCGACGGCACGCUGGCGCCGGUCAAGUUCGAGUACUACAUCCGCCAGGACUCGAAGUAUUUGCUCGACUUCGGGCUCGCGCUGCGGCGGCUCGCGGCCCUGGCGGGCGACGAGGAGGAGGCACUGGCUCUGAACAAUUUCGCCGACGGCGCCGAUAUUGCCGAGCGGAGCCUCCACGCGUCGUUCUUCGCGGCCUGGGGCUUGGGCGAAGACGCCCUCGCGAAGGAUGAACAAGCUCCAACGACUCUAGCGUACACGUCGUUUUUGUUGAGAUGCGUCGCCGACGGGUAUCGCGAGGGGCUGGCCGCGCUGCUGCCGUGCUUUUGGGUAUACCACGACGUUGGCGUCAAGAUGCUCGAGUUGCGCGCCACGACGUACCGCGACGCGACGCGGGCGCCGCAGCUCGACGCGUGGAUCGACAUGUACGGCGGCGACGCCUUCGCCGACGCCGUCAAGCGCUACCGCGCGCUCGUAGAACGCGCGGCGGCGGGUGCGGACGAGGCGACGCGCGCGCGCAUGACCUACAACUUCCGCCGCGCGUGCGACCUCGAGUGGAUGUUCUGGAAGGCGGCGCUCGACGAGACGCGAUGGCCGACCUACGUCUCUGCGGUGCCGAUGGUGAGCAUGGAUAGCAUGGACGUGUAGUCUCUAGCCUAUAAGUGAUCCUGAUUGU